AGAAAUAGGUAGCCGGAUCCUUUAUAUAAUAAUGAAAUCAGUUCGCAAACAAACAAGAGACUGAGAUGAACAUUUUACUAAGCAUACCCUUAAUUAUUUAAUGAAAAUAGUUUGAAAUAUUAAAGUAUGUGCAUCAGCAUUAGUUAAUGCUAAUUAAGAAUGGUAAUUGUUAAAAUUGGAGGUGAGUUUUAUCAUUGAAUAGCUUUUUCUGGAGUCCUUAAGUAUGGCAAGGAUACCAGUAAUGAGUGUAUCAGCACCCAUUAAUGAUCCUGUUGCCGUUAUGAAUACUUACCGCUCAUAUGUAUCAAUGCUCCAAGAUCCUGUUGCAAAGGAUGAAAGUAAAUUGAAAGCUUUGCAGGAAUUAAGUGGAGAGCUUGAAACUAUUGUUAGUAAUCCACAAUAUCCUUCAUUUUUGGAUCAUGCUAUAAAAAUUUUCAUCAGAAUUUUAGGAGAUGGAGAACCACAAUUCAUUGCAGAAAAAACCACACAUCAACUUCGUAAGACAAUUUUAGAAAUAAUUCACAGGCUACCUACGAAUAAUCAUUUGCUACCUCAUAGCAAACCAAUCUUGUCUUUAAUGUUCAAAUUAUUGGAAGUGGAAAAUGAGGAAAACAUAUUAGUAGUUUUAAGAAUAAUCAUAGAAUUUCAUAAGACCUUCAGGCCACCAUGCAGUGUGGAAAUACAGAUGUUUCUGCUUUAUGUGAAGAAUAUUUACAAAGAACUGCCUAAUUACUUGCAUCUUAUAUUUGAACCACGGCCUACUCCAAAAGUAAAAGAUUUAUCGGCAGCUACGUUGGAACCUUUAUUGAAAGAAACAUUUACCAUAACACCGAUUCAAAUUGAGAAAAGUGAAAAAAGAGGCCCGGAUUCAACUACUCAGAUGGUCAAUUUAAUCCCAAAAGCUACUAUGUCCUUAAAGGCACUGGCAGAGCUACCUAUAAUUGUUGUCUUGAUGUAUCAGCUAUAUAAAAUGAGUGUUCAUAAAGAUGUCGAAGAAUUUAUACCACUGAUAAUGACAACUAUUACGUUACAACCUUCAGCUCAACAGAGGAGCAAUCCAUCUUUCAACAAAGAAGUUUAUGUUGACUUCAUGGCUGCACAGAUAAAAACAUUGUCCUUCCUGGCUUACAUUGUUAGGAUAUAUCAAAAUGUUGUGAAUGAACAUUCCUCACAGCUUGCUAAAGGAAUGAUAGGAUUGUUGUGUCUAUGUCCUCAAGAAGUGGCCCACUUGCGCAAAGAAUUGCUUAUAGCAGCUCGUCAUAUUUUAGCCACAGAGCUAAGAGAUAAAUUUGUGUCAUCCCUUGAAGAGCUUUUUGAUGAAAAUAUUUUAAUUGGAACUGGAUGGACAGCUUAUGAGUCAUUAAGGCCUCUUGCUUAUAGUACUUUAGCUGAUCUUGUGCAUCAUGUGAGACAACAUUUACAGUUGAAGGAUCUGGCUAAGGCUGUAAAUGUGUUCUCAAAAAAUGUUCAUGAUGAAUCUUUAGUAACUACAAUUCAAACAAUGUCUUGUAAGCUUAUUCUGAAUUUAGUUGAAUGCAUUAGAAUAAGAUCUGAUCGAGAAAAUGGCAAUGGCCGUGAGCUGUUAAUGAGGAUGCUUGAAGUUUUGGUUCUAAAAUUUAAAACUAUUGCAAAGCUACAAUUGCCUGUCCUACAGAAAAAAGCUGCUCAACCUUUAAAACCUCAAACCUUGGCCAUUUCUGCCUCACACUCUGCCCCUCCAAGUGCCAUAGUUGCUUCUUCAAGUUCUUCCCUUUCAAAUGUGACACCUUCCGUACCUGCAGCUCAGCAUAUCACCACACCACAUGUUAAUCCACUUAGUUUUGCUCCUGGAGUCCUCCCAGGUGGAGUUGAAGUAAAGACUGAAGUUAAAGAAGAGCCCAAGAGUGUUUUCCAUUCAGGUGGUCUAUUAGACGGACGAGAUGAAAAAGUAAGAUUCGAGGAAGCAGUUGCAUUUAGGCAUUUUAAGACAAAAUUUGGUUUUCCUGCUUCUCAGGCAGCUAAUUAUAACAUAGCAGAAUGUAGAAGCUUAGUCAAAACUUUAGUAUGUGCAGCGAAAACUGUUACUUGGGGAAUUACGGCUUGCAAGUUUUCUGGCGAUUCAAACACUAAUCCAAGUAAGCAGUACCAACCUAAAGAAACUCUAGUUUUUAUUAGAUUGAUCAAGUAUGCUCUACAAACUUUGGAUAUUUAUACGUUAACAGUCCCUACUCCUGGACAAGCUGUUCAACAGCGACCAAUGACCAUACAAACUGUUCGCUCCAAGGAAGAAAAGGAAGUUUUAGAACAUCUUGCUGGAGUGUAUACCAUGAUGCAUCCAUUAACAUUUCGAGAAGUAUUUUCAACAUCUAUACAUUACAUGGUUGAACGAAUUUUCAAGAAUCCUGCAUUGCAAAUUCUAGCAAACUCUUUUCUUGCUAAUACUGCCACCUCACCCAUAUUUGCUACAAUACUAGUAGAAUAUCUUCUAAAAAGAAUGGAGGAAAUGGGAUCGAAUAUGGACAGAUCUAACUUGUACUUGAAGCUUUUUAAACUGGUUUUUGGAUCAGUGUCUUUGUUUCCUGCUGAAAAUGAGGAAAUGCUAAAACCCUAUUUACAUCAAAUAGUAAAUAGAUCCAUGGAGCUAGCUUUAAGUGCUAAAGAACCAUAUAAUUAUUUCCUUCUUUUGAGAGCUUUGUUUCGAUCUAUAGGAGGUGGCAGUCAUGAUUUGUUGUAUCAAGAAUUCUUACCUUUAUUACCAAAUUUAUUGCAAGGUUUAAAUAGUUUGCAGAGUGGUUUGCAUAAACAGCACAUGAAAGAUCUAUUUGUAGAAUUAUGCUUAACUGUACCAGUUCGUCUUAGUUCUUUACUUCCUUAUUUGCCUAUGUUAAUGGAUCCAUUAGUGUCAGCUUUGAAUGGUUCUCAGACUUUAGUUAGUCAGGGACUGCGCACAUUAGAGCUGUGCGUAGAUAAUCUUCAACCGGACUUUUUGUAUGAUCAUAUUCAACCUGUCAGAGCUGAAUUGAUGCAGGCUCUCUGGAGAACUCUUCGUAAUCCUACUGAUAGUGUAGCGCAAGUUGCAUUCAGAGUUUUGGGUAAAUUUGGAGGGGGAAAUCGUAAAAUGAUGGUAGAACCUCAAAGAUUGGAGUAUUCAUCUCGGGAAAGUAUUGGGCCUUGUGUAGCAGUAUAUUUUCAAGAACACAAGAAUAAUAUCUCGCUACCUAUUGGAAAGAUAAUUGAGACAGCAUUUAAUGCUUUGAAGACGAGUGCCACUAGUGAAUUUUAUCGAAAGCAGUGCUGGGAGAUUAUAAAGGGCUUCUUAUCAGCUAACAUGGAAUCUGACGUUAGCAAGCAUAAUAUUUUUCAGUUGUUUGGACAUCCCAGUUUUGUAACUGGAGAAAUACCAUCUUCAGAAAGUUUGAAUUACGUGUGCUCUGAUUCAGAAUCGAGAAAAAUUCACGAGCUGGCACUUACUGGCAUGUUUGUUGCAUCUGCUAUUAAAGAGCUGCGAGAAAUUGUUUCAAGUUUCAUGGUUACUGUUGUUCGUCACUAUACGCUUGUUGCAAUUAGCCAGCAAGCAGGUCCAUUUGUUCUAGGUAAUACCAGGAAUGUUAAACCUCAAGGUAUGGAUCCUCUAGUAAUAAUAGAUGCUGUUGCGGCUGUUAUGGGUCAUGAAGAAAAGGAGCUAUGCAAACCUGGCAAUGAUGCUUUAGGUAUUAUUGUUGAAACUGCAAGUAUAUUUCUUGGCACAAAGCAAAGAGCUUGCUGUUUACCAGUGUUAGAAUAUUUACAAGAAAAAAUGUGUUCCCUUUGCUAUGAACGAGCUUGGUAUUCUAAACUUGGCGGAUGCAUAGCAUUAAAGACCUUGUUUGAAAAAUGUCAUAAGAAAUGGGUUUUUGCCCACAUGUAUAGUUUUCUCAAAGCAUUACUUUUUGUAAUGAUGGAUUUAACUGGUGAAGUUUCAAGUGGUGCUGUUGAUCUUGCUAAAAAUAAUUUACAAACGAUGCUCACUACUUACUGUAAACAUUUUCCUGGUGAUGAUGCAGAAAUGGUUGCAGCUCAAAACAAAGCUAUAAUUGAAGUUGUUCAAGAACUUGUACGACAGCUGACUCAACCAAAUACAUGUGUUAGAGAUCAAGCUAUGCAUUCAUUGAAAGUAAUUGCAGAAGUUAGAAAUACAACCAUCACUAAUAUUAUUGAGCCACAUAAAGAACUGCUCGUUGAUUAUGUUCCAUUACGAAAACACAAUCUACGACACCAGCCUGUGCUAUCUCAAAUAGGAUUGUUAGACGGAAAUACUUUCUGCAUUACUUUAGAACCUCGUCUCUUCUCAUAUGAUAUGUCCGUUCCUGAUCACAAAUCAUUCUUUGAUGAAUUAGUGAUGUUAUGUGAAUGUGAUGAUGCUAAUCUCCUUAAAUUUGCCUGCUACAAGUCACUAACUAAUUUGAUUCCGAUUCGAAAAUCUAUGCUGAGACUACUUUCUGCUUGUCAUUACAUGCAAGAGAAGCAGAACGAUAUAUUUCAACAUCUAUACAGAGCCUUAAGCUCCAGCAAUUCUGAAAUGCAAGAGAUUGGCUAUCAAUGCAUAAAGGAUAUCCUCGGAAAAUAUGAGAUCGAUAUUGAUAUGGUGCAUACUACUAUUCGACCUCUACUGCUUAAGUUAGGUGAUUAUCGAUCUCUUAACUUGCCUGCUAUUCAGCACUUGAGUUACUUGACACUACUUUUUCCUAAACUGUUUAAUGAGAAACUUUGUGGGACGCUUCUUACGCACUUGCAUAAAUGUUUGGAAGUGGCAGAAAAUACAAUAAAGGCUAAUGAAAGAUCAGCUGUUGUGACGGAAGUGAAAAUAUGCUCUGGCAUAAUCAAUAUUUUUCAUCAGAUUCCAGCUGCAACUGCAAAGUUCAUUGAACCAUUACUAAGUGCAGUUCUUAAAACUGAAAGAAAUCUGUUGAUGGAAGCAGGUAGUCCAUAUCGUGAACCUUUGAUCAAAUUCUUGAAGCGAUAUCCAACCCAAACAAUCGAACUUCUUUUGUCAGAUCAAAAUAUUUAUGAAGAGCAAGUGACCAGAUUUUCAGAGUAUCUAUUAAAGAAUCAGGAAGGUAAAGCUUUCCGUGAAGUUUUGCAACAAAAUCCAACAAAACUGGUAUCAAUGGCUUUUGGAGCUAAUCAAACUACAACACCUGUAACGUCUACCAUUACUGGUGUAACCCAUGUUCCAAUAAUCCAUGAAAUACAGUUCCAGGCAAUUAGAACUGUAAGCUUACUCGCAAAACUAGAUGACGAAUGGUUAUCAGAACAACAUCAAUUAGUUGCAUGCUUGAGAAAAAUCUGGAUUUCCAAAGACUUUCAAGAUCGCCAUCUCAAAGCAGACUCUGUCGAUUAUACUCAAUGGAAAGAACCCAAACUGCUUGCAAAGUGUUUGCUCAAUUUUGUUAAACACCAUCCGAAUGAAAUCGAGCUUUUGUUUCAGCUUUUGAGGGCUUUUACUGGUCGCUUCAUUCCAGACUUUGAAUUCUUAAGAGACUUUUUGGAAAACACAGUGGCCAACAACUAUACGGUCGAUUGGAAAAGAAUGGCAUUUUUUAAGUUUGUUGAACUGUUCUGUGAUGAUAAUUUUUCUCAAGAUUUGAAAGCAAAGAUAUUGCAGUAUAUCCUUAUCCCAUCAUUUGCUGUUGCUUUUGAGAAAGGAGAAGGGGAGCGACUGAUUGGAGGUCCACCAGCUCCCGAGCAAGAUCAAAAUGAGAAUGUAAUGAGUGUAUUUAUCAAUAAAGUGAUCGACUCUGAUAAUCCUUUUGGCACAUCUGAUGCAGUAAGGAUAUUGCUUCUGCAAUUCUCGUGCCUCCUUGUAGAACAGGCAUCACCGCAUAUACAUGAUGCAGCAAAUAAGCGACAAGGAAAUAAGCUUCGGAGACUUAUGACAUUUGCUUGGCCUUGCUUGAUCACUAAAAACUGUGUAGAUCCUGCAACUAAAUACCAUGGCCAUUUACUGUUAGCCAAUAUCAUUGCCAAGUUUGCAAUUCAUAAGAAGAUUGUACUGCAAGUGUUUCAUAGUUUGCUCAAGGCUCAUGCAGCUGAAGCUCGAUCAGUUGUGAGGCAGGCACUGGAAAUCCUGACUCCUGCAAUGCCUGUCAGAAUGGAGGAUGGAAAUAAUAUGUUGACUCAUUGGACUAAGAAAAUUAUAGUUGAAGAAGGUCAUACGCUUGCACAACUUGUUCAUAUGUUACAACUUCUCGUUCGUCAUUAUAAAGUUUAUUAUCCUGUUAGACAUCAUCUUAUUAAUCAUAUGGUUAGUUCUGUUCAACGUUUAGUCUUCACUCCUAAUGCUACUAUCGAACAUAAAAGGCUUGCUGUUGAUUUGGCAGAAGUAAUUAUCAGAUGGGAAAUUCAAAGGCACAAAGAAGAACAAGAAAAAGCUCAAACUGGUGUAGACAAAAAUGAGCCGCCUGAAGCUAUUCAAAGUAAUUUGUUAGCUUUAAAACAACAACAACAACGUACACUGAGUUCUGAUCCAUCUGACAUCAGAAGGAUAAGACCUUUGUCUGGUACAAUUACAAAUUACAUGGAUAGAUAUAAGCCAGUGGAUAAAGAACAUGCUGAUGCUGUUGUCAACUUCUUACUUCGAAUGGCUUGUCAAGUUAAUGAGACAACGGCCACAUCUGCUUGCACCGGUGAACUUUUAUCAAGAAGAUGUGUUUCAUUGUUGAAAACUGCCUUAAAAUCGGAUGUUUGGCCAAAUGCCGAACUAAAACUGGUGUGGUUUGACAAGUUGUUAAAUACUGUAAAGGAAAAUACAGCACCAAAUUAUGGUAAUAUUUGUACAGCUUUAGAAUUGUUAGCAUUUCUACUGUCCAUAUUAAGGAAAGAUACGGUACUAACUACAUUUAGACCCUUACAGCGUGGAAUUGCGGCUUGUUUGUCUUGUAACAACACCAAAGUGAUACGAUCUGUUCAUAAUUUACUUUCACGUUUAAUGAGCUUAUUUCCCACUGAACCCACCAAUUCAAGUGUUGCUUCCAAAUAUGAAGAGUUAGAAUGUUUGUAUGCCGUAGUAAGCAAUGUAGUACUUGAGGGAUUAUCUUCUUAUGAAAAGUCUGCUAAUGCUGCUCCACAGUCAUUGUUUGCUACACUGAUGAUCUUAAAAUCAGCUUGUGUCAAUAAUCCUUGCUAUAUUGAUCGUUUGAUAUCAUCAUUCAUGCGUGUACUGCAGAAAAUGGCCAAAGAGCAUCUGAAUCCUACCACAAAUGAAGUUAACCCAAUGGCUACAGAUUUAUUGAUUCUUAGCUUAGAUUUAGUCAAGAAUCGUGUGGGGGUCAUGGGUCAAGAUAUGCGUAAAACUUUCAUUGGCACCAUUUUGGUUGGUCUUAUUGAAAAGUCACCUGAUGUUAAAGUUCUCAAAGCUCUAACAAAAAUGGUGGAAGACUGGGUUAAAAGUAAAUCUACCAUUGCAGUUAAUCAAAGUCCGACCAUUCGAGAAAAAUCAAUUCUGUUAGUAAAAAUGAUGCAAUUCAUUGAAAAAAGAUUUCCAAAUGACAUGGAUCUGAAUGCACAAUUUCUGGAACUUGUUCAUUAUGUGUAUAGAGAUGAAUCUUUGAAAGGAACUGAACUACACUCAAAAUUAGAGCCUGCUUUUAUGGCGGGUCUAAGAUGUACACAACCACACAUUCGAGCAAAGUUCUUCGAAGUAUUUGAUAGCAGCAUCAGGCGCAGACUUCAUGAACGUAUCUUAUAUAUAGCCUGUUCUCAAAAUUGGGAACAUAUUGGAGCACAUUUUUGGAUAAAACAAUGCAUUGAACUCCUACUGGUGACUGCAGUUGAAGGUGCUACCGUUCAAAGUUCCACCCCUACUGUUAUGCUACCAGCUAUUACUGCUAUUCUAGAACAAGCAGAUGCGCAAGAAAAAGCAAAUUUUGCAACCGCUACUUUGAUUAAAGAAGAGCCAAUGGAUGUUGUAUCUGUGGAUGCAAGAGAAGAGGAAGAAAUAGACAUUGAAAUGACUUCUACAGAAGAAAGUCCAGUGAAACCACCUUUUGAUGCCUCAAGUCAUAGCUCAAAUGUUGCAUAUUCCAAAGCUACAACUAAAAAAAUAUUAACUAGCAUUCUAAAAUUGCAAGAAACUUUACGUGAAAUCAAAACUAUCAACUUUCUUGCUGCCACUGCACAGCUAUGUCACCUGGAUACAUCUCUUGCUCAAUAUAUAUGGAUUCAAAUGUUUCCAAGGAUUUGGAAAAUACUGAGUGAUAAACAACAAAGUGCAUUGAAUAAUGAAUUAGUUUCUUUUGUGUCAAGUGGUGCACAUACCGGUCAGAAGGAUUGUCACCCUAGUGCAAUUGGAGUCUUUGUUGAAGGAAUGUCCCAUUGUGUUCCACAAAUUCCAAUGAAACCUCUAGUUAUUUUAUAUCAAGGUAAAGCUCACAACCUUUGGCAUAGAGCUUGUUUGCUUUUGGAACAAAUAUGUAUUGACAAAGGACUUGGAGCUCAAGUCAAAGCACGAGCUAUGGAAGUAUUUGAUAUUGAUGGUACCCUCAAUUCCCAGCAUGAUGCAUUUGAUAUCAUAAGUCUAAUGUAUUCUCAUUUAAAAGAAGAAGACUUAUGGGGUGGUCUAUGGCAAAAGAGAGCUAAGUAUCCUGAAACUAGCAUGGGAGUUGCCCUUGAGCAGCAAGGCAUGUUUGUUCAAGCCCUGGAGGCCUAUGAAAAAGCUUAUUCUCGACAGCAACAAGAUUUUGGUGGUGGAACAAGUCCUGCCCAUAUGAAUAGCGAAGCAAAUCUUUGGUGGACUCAAAUUAUUAGAUGUCACCGAGAGCUGAACAACUGGGAAAAUUUACUUAAUUUAGGACUAGCAUCUGAACCACCUCUUGUUGCAGAGUUUGCAUGGCGUCAGCCAAAUUGGGCAACCAUGAAAGAAGCUUUAGAACAGAUUGAACAAAAUAGCCCUAGAGAAUCUUUGUGGAAAACAAAUCUUUAUAGAGGGUAUUUAAAUAUAUGCCACCCUGAUGACCGAAACUUAAAUGUAGUUGAAAGGAUUGUUGACGUGUGCUCAAAUUUUUGCAUAAGGGAGUGGAGAAGAUUACCUCAUGUUGUUUCUCAUAUACAUUUACCUAUCUUGCAAGCUGCUCAACAAAUUAUUGAACUCCAAGAUGCUGUUCAGAUUCAUCAAGGUUUAUUACCCGCUAAUAUCGGUCGACCUCCAAGUCUUCAUGACAUGAAAGCGAUAGUGAAGACCUGGCGUAAUCGACUGCCUGUGAUAAGUGAUGAUUUGUCUCAUUGGAGUGAGAUUUUUUACUGGCGUCAAGAACAUUAUAAAACAAUUGUUUCAAGUUAUGAGCCUGGUCCAAAUGGGCAACAGAUUGAAGCUCAAGCAAAUCAUGCAAUGCUUGGAGUACAUGCUUCAGCUCAAUCUAUAAUUCAUUAUGGAAAAAUUGCUAGAAAGCAUGGGCUUACAUCAGUGUGUUUAGAUGCAUUAAGUCAAAUACAUUCCAUACCUAGUGUUCCAAUUGUCGAUUGUUUCCAAAAGAUACGUCAACAAGUGAAAUGUUACUUACAAAUGGCUCAUUCUUUGGGAAAAGUAGAUUCUCAAGAGGUCCAACAUGCUUUAAAUGAUGGAUUAAAUAUUAUAGAUUCUACUAACUGCAAAUAUUUUACGAAGGAAAUGACUGCAGAAUUUUACACUUUGAGAGCUGUGUUCCUAUCACAAUUGAAUAGACAUGAAGAAGCGAAUAAAGUAUUCAGUUAUGCCUGUCAGUUACAUGACACAUUAGUUAAAACUUGGGCCUUAUGGGGUGAUUAUUUAGAACAAAUGUUUACUAAAGAAAAGCCUGAGAACCGUAAUAUUGCUGUUGGAAUAAAUGCUCUCACUUGUUAUCUCCACUCAUGUCGACAUCAAAAUGAAAGCAAAACAAGAAAAUACUUAGCAAAGGCAUUAUGGCUACUCACAUAUGAUGAUGAAUCGUUGCAACUUAGUGACACUUUAGAUAAAAAUAGUGUUGGAAUACCUCCCUUGCAAUGGCUUCCAUGGGUACCUCAAUUAUUAACUUGUCUUGUUAGAAAUGAAGGGCGUUUAAUGCUAAACGUUAUAAGCCAAGUUGGAAGAACUUAUCCGCAAGCAGUUUACUUUCCUAUCCGCACUCUAUAUUUGAUCUUGAAAAUAGAACAAAGGGAAAAGUUUAAAGGAAACAGCUCUCAACCUGGUCCUUCUGCAUCAACUCCUGGUAGUCCCGCUGUGUCACUUAAUGAAGCUUCGAAUAGUAAUGUUUCAGAUUUCUCACAAAGCAGUACUUCUUCUGAAUCUGCUCCUAUUCGAGCAACGCAGCCAAUGUGGAGAUGUAGCAGAGUUAUGCAUAUGUUACGGGAUAUACACCCAACCAUUGUAUCUAGUUUAGAAGGCAUUGUUGAUCAGAUGGUAUGGUUUCGUGAAGGUGUCUAUGAAGAAGUUCUUCGACAAUUGAGGCAAGCAUUAGCCAAAUGUUAUUCAGUUGCUUACGAAAAUGCUGCAGCUGUUUCAGAAGCUACCGUAACACCUCAUACAUUGAACUUUGUAAAAAAAUUGGUGUCAACAUUUGGUAUUGGUGUUGAAAAUAUAUCUAGUAUAUCCACAACUAUAUCUAGCUCUUGCUCUGAAUCUUUGGCUAGGAGAGCUCAAGCCACUGCUCAAGAUCCAGUUUUUCAAAAAAUGAAAGGACAAUUUACUGCUGAUUUUGACUUCAGUGUUUCCGGAGCAAUGAAAUUACACAAUUUAAUUAACAAGCUUAAAAAAUGGAUCAAGAUUCUUGAAGGAAAAACUAAAAUUGUUACUAAGCCAUUCCUUAUUGAAGAAAAAUGUCGAUUUUUGAAUAACUUUGCUCAACAGACAGCAGAUGUGGAAAUUCCUGGAGAAUUUCUUCUACCUAAGCAUAACCAUUAUUUUGUUCGCAUCUCAAGAUUCAUGCCUAGAGUAGAUAUUGUUUUGAAGCAUAAUACUGCAGCCAGAAGAUUGUAUAUAAAAGGCCAUAAUGGAAAGAUAUAUCCCUUUCUAGUAGUGAAUGAUGCUUGUUUGAGUGAUGCUAGGAGAGAAGAGCGAGUCUUGCAACUUUUACGCAUGCUUAAUCACUGUUUGGGAAAGCAGAAAGAGACAUCAAAACGGUUCUUAAACUUCACUGUUCCUAGAGUGGUUCCCGUUAGUCCCCAGUUAAGACUUGUAGAAGACUAUGAAUCAUCAAUAUCUUUGCUUGAUAUUUAUAAACAACGGUGUGCUAAACGGGGUAUAGAAUAUGAUGCUCCAUUAGCUAGGUUUUAUGAAAGAUUAGCUACUGUUCAAGCACGUGGCUCACAGGCUAGUCAUCAAGUACUCAGAGACAUCUUAAAGGAUGUUCAAAGUAUUAUGGUUUCUAAAACUCUAUUGAAAGACUGGGCGGAACAAACGUACCCCAGCGCCACAGAUUAUUGGACAUUUAGAAAACAGUUUACUCUACAACUUGCACUUUCUGGUUUCAUUGAAUAUGUUCUCCAUCUCACUCGUUUAAAUCCUGAUAUGAUGUACAUUCAUCAAGAUAGUGGAUUAAUGAAUGUAUCCUACUUCCGAUUCAAUGUUGACGAUACUAGUGGAGAACUGGAUGCUACUAGACCUGUUCCAUUCCGAUUGACACCAAAUAUUGCAGAAUUUAUAACUGUGAUUGGAAUUGUUGGUCCAAUGACUGCGUCUAUGAUUGCUGCUGCACGUUGCCUUGCCAUGCCUAAUUUUAAGGUUGUUGCUCUAUUAAAAGCUGUUUUAAGAGAUGAAAUGAUUGCAUGGUAUAAAAAGAGGCAAGAUGAUGUCCAAUCUAGUGAGAAUAAACCAGAUGCUGAUGGAGCUAUAAUAAUCCAAAUGGUGACUAAAGCUACUUCAGCAAUUACAAGUAGACUGCAGAGUCUUGCAGCAUUUGACGGAACAGAAAAUAAAGUAAAUACUUUAGUUGCUGCUGCUAACAGUCAUGACAAUUUGUGUAGAAUGGACCCUGCCUGGCAUCCAUGGCUGUAAAUACAAUUCACAUUCAACCCCAUCCGUUAUAAUCAUGUCAUUUCCAUUGUAAUAUUUCACUAAAUAAAAUGUUUUUAAAUUUUU